AUGAGAUUUCAACAAUUCUGUUUUGUAUUUUUUAUUUUUAUGAUGAGUCUUCUCCUUAUCAACGGACAGAGACCAGCUAAUUUGGCCAUGAGAAGAAAAUUGCACAGACACAACUGCCCGCAGAGGAGAUGUAUGCCUCUUCAUUCACGAGUGCCCUUCCCCUGA